AUGGUUGUCUUGAACGCUGCCGCGACAGUCUUGUCGCUGUGUGUGGGCUCGGCAUGGAGCCUUGCCGUGGAGAGAGAUUAUACAGAGCAAUCCCAGUGGAUAACGGUUGGCGAUGGCCCAUCCUUUUCCCUCUCUUCUGGCAACGUUUCAUACCAAUUUCAUGUCGACAAUGCCACAUUGGAUCUCGUUCAUGACCACUGGGGCGCCUAUGCUGCCGAGACCGUACCCGACUACUACGGCAACCAAGGCGGCUGGGGAGGCACAUACACUUAUCGCCGUCGCGAGUUUCCCGAUCUUGGACGAGGUGACUUUAGAGUUCCUGCAAUUCAUAUUGAACACGCCGACGGCAACACGGUGUCGGCCUUUUCUUAUACAGGCUACGACAUAAGCUCGGGAAAGCCAUCACUUCCUGGGCUUCCCGCGACCUUUGGCAGCGAUGGAGAUGUCUCUACACUUACAAUUCACAUGUUCGACAACUAUUCGGCCAUUGCCGCGGAUCUACACUAUUCCAUUUUCCCCCAAUUUGGAGCCAUUGCUCGUAGCUUUCAGGUGACAAAUCAGGGUAAUCAAAGUGUCUCAAUUUUGCGCGCCAGCAGCUGGAGUAUCGACAUGCCAAACCAAGAGCUUGAGAUGCUUGACCUCCAUGGCGAUUGGGGAGCAGAAAACCACAUCAACAGGCGACCUGUUGUGUAUGGCGAGCAAGGCUUUCGCUCUACUGCUGGCUAUUCUUCACAUUUCCACAAUCCUUUCCUCGCUUUGGCCCCACCUGACACGACCGAGUUCACUGGGCCUGCAACCGGUUAUUCACUGAUCUACACUGGCUCAUUUGCAGCUGAUGUCGAACGCUGGUCGACUGGAUGGGUCCGAGUACUGCUUGGUUUGAACCCCCUUCAUCUGUCUUGGCCCCUCGGCCCAGGAGAAACUUUCACAUCGCCCGAGGUUGUUUCUGUAUACUCUGAGCAGGGUCUCGGCGGCAUGUCCCGAGGAUUCCACUCUUUAUACAGGAAUCACUUGGCCAGAUCUAAUCUCACUCACGAGACCCGACCUCCGCUGUUGAAUUCCUGGGAAGGCCUCGGUGCAAACAUUAAUGAGACUGCCAUGGUCAAAUUAGCUUCAGAAGCUGCUGGCCUUGGCUGCAGUCUCAUUGUAAUGGACGACGGCUGGUUUGGUACAGACUUUCCGAGAGACAAUGACAGUCUCGGCCUCGGUGAUUGGACGCCAGACCCUCGAAAAUUCCCUGAUGGCUUGGGACCGUUUGUCGAUGAGGUGACCAACAUUACUGUCAAUUCCACGACAGGAUCCAGCGGCUCCGAUAAGCUGAUUUUCGGUAUCUGGGUCGAGCCUGAGAUGGUAAACCCCGAAUCAGACCUCUACCUGGAACACCCAGACUGGGUCAUGUCCGCAGGAGACCACCAACGCACGCUUGUGCGUAACCAACUUGUUCUCAACGUUGGACUUCCCGAGGUACAGGAUUACAUCAUCAGCGUCAUCGAAAAGGUGCUGGACUCUGCGCCUAUUAGCUACGUAAAAUGGGACAAUAACCGCGGAAUGCACGAGAUGCCUUCUCCUUCUGCGGACCACGCUUACAUGCUUGGACUGUAUCGAGUUAUAGACAACCUCACCACGGCACACCCGGAGAUCCUCUGGGAGGGUUGUGCUUCCGGAGGUGGCCGUUUCGAUCCUGGACUCUACCACUACUGGCCACAGACUUGGACCAGCGACGACUCGGAUGGUUUGGAGCGGCUGUACAUUCAGUUUGGCACCUCGUACCCAUAUCCUCCUUCCGCCAUGGCCUGUCACGUCAGCAACGUGCCCAACCAACAGACUGGACGCACAACGCCUCUCGCAUUCCGCGCCGCUGUCGCGUCCAUGUGUGGAUCUUUUGGGUUCGAGCUCGACCCCGAGGAGCUCGAUGCCGCUGACACGGAAGCUAUUCCGGGCAUCAUCGAGAGACAGCAGCAGAUCAACCCGAUUGUGAUUAAUGGCGACUUUUACAGGCUCGCACUACCAGACCAAUCUAACUGGCCUGCCGCCAUGUUUGUCUAUCCAGACGCCAGCUCGGCGGUGCUGUUUGCCUUCCAGGUCCGCUCGACAAUCAAGCCACUCCCAAAUUUGCUCAAACUCAAGGGACUAGACCCAACUGCCAAAUAUACUGUGGGCAAUGGCACGACGAGCGAGACUUGGUCUGGAUCGACGCUCAUGAAUAUUGGAUUGAGCUUGCAGUGGCCCAACGAAGAUUAUCAGUCAUUUGUCUUGUUUGUGGACAAGCAGUAG